AUGGGUGGUCUUUUCGCAAAAGGGAAAUUAAGACGAUUAGGAUUAGAAAAAAAUGCCUUAUUAGCUCAAUGUGAAGAAUACGAAAAAAAAAUUGCAGAGCGAAAAGCUGAGCACGAGAUAGAAGAAAUUUCUAAAGACGAGCAGUUAGAUUUUCUAAUUCACCAAGAACAGCUACGGGCAACUAACUCAAUUAAGAUCUUUGAUCGGUUAAUUGGAGUAAAAAUCGAAAAUUGGACUAUCGAAACUUUACUUGCCCAUUUUCUUGACCUAGAUGACUGUGAAGACAAAACAAGCCCUUAUUUAUGCUUAAGAGUCGAAGAAUCCCAAAUAGAAUCAAGAAUCUGCCGCAAUCUUAUGGAUUUCAUCGAAAAAAUCAAAGAAUUGAACAUAAAUAAAUCAGAAAUUCUGAUCGAAAGCAUUGAAAAACUCGAGCUGGAGCUCGCAAGUUUUCCAAAUUUGAUUAAAAUUUUAAACCAAAUAAAAAACCAAGAAAAAAUCCUUUCCAGUAACCAAGAAGAUAUCCUGGAAAAAGUUUCGCUUGAAUUAACUGAAAGAAGUGAGCUUGAAAAAGAGCUGGUUCUUCUACAAAGAAAACACGCUUUCCAAAUGUACAAUAAGCAAGCGGAAGAAAAGCAUGCUGAAAUUGAAAAAAUGAAAAAUUUGCUGGCAAAGGUAAAAAAGGAAAAAGAAGAUUUACUUGACCAUUGGGAAAGCAUGAAGUCAAGUGAUGGGAAAAUUGAAAGCGAAGAAAUGCUAGAAAUAAGACGAGGAAUUCAAACUAAGCUUAAUCAAAUUGCACAAACUAAAGCUAGUAUUGAAGAUGGGCUGCUUUAUCUGCAAAAUCAUGCUGAUACUGUAAGCGAAUUAGACCUUUAUAAAGAAAAACUGCAAAAAGCUAUAGCCAGAGUAAAGUCUGCUCUUGAAGAACAAGAUAAUAUUAAGAAAGAAAAAGAAAAUUUAAUGGAAGAUAUAAAAGCACUGGAAAAGCUGAAAAAGAAAAGCAUUGAGCUCAAGUUGCAUGAAAGAGGAAUUGAAAGCCAUAUUCGGUAUCUUAAAGAUAUGUCAGGAAGUAAUCAAGAAGAGUUUUCACAGUAUAUUGAUAAAAUGAAUCAAGAAGUUCACAAGCUAGAAGAUGAAGUUCAAAUUGAAGAAGUGAAACUUCAAGAACUCUGUGAAUCACGAGAUAAAUUGAAGAAAAUAAUAGAAAAGUCUAUCAAAAAGAUGAUGCUCCGAGGGCUUACAUAUGUCACGAAAGUUGGCCCUGAGCAGGCAUUUAAAAGAUGGGUGUGGAGCAUGUCUGAUAGUUAA